CUCCUCUGAGAUGACCCUGAAGGAGAGCCUGGACGAGUGCAUGGAGGCCUUGGACCUCUUCCUCAACAACCACUUCAGCGAGAGUCUGGAGAGGCUGCGACCGAGAGUCGAUGAGAGUAUGUACCAYGCUCUCAUCUACGCCACGAUGCUAGAAAUGCAGGCCAUGAUGACUUUUCAGCACGAUGACAUCAGCAAUGCAGGACACACAAUGAAGAGUGCCCAGGAAGUCUGUCAGAGGUUUCGGCGGAAAUCCCCAGGUUUAGCUCACAAGUCAGUGGGCGAGUCUCUCUCUGAAGUGCAGCUUCAUGCAGAAGUCUGUUAUGCUGAGUGUCAACUCCAACGAGCAGCUCUCACCUUCCUGCAGGAUGAAAGUAUGGUGAGUUUUAUCAAAGGAGGGAUUAAAGUACGAAACAGUUACCUUAUUUACAAAGAUCUGCAUAACUUCAUAAAAUCUCACAACUUUAUCAAAGGACAGAGCCACAAUCACUUAGAAGGAGGGAUAUCAUUUGGAGCAGGAGCAUUUAACCUGACACUAUCACUAUUUCCUCCCCGGAUACUAAAAAUGUUGGAGUUUGCAGGCUUUUCAGGAGACAAGGAAUAUGGUCUGUCUCUCCUCUGUGAUGGUGCGACAGGGAUGAACUUGCGCUCCAUGUUGUGUGUUCUGCUGCUGCUCUGCUACCACACCUUCCUCACAUUCAUACUUGGAACUGGUGAGGGAGAGGUAGCUGAGGCUGAAAGGCUGCUGAAACCUUUCCGGCUCCGCUACCCAAGGGGUGCCAUAUUUCUCUUCUUUGCUGGAAGAACUGAGGAGAUUAAAGGAAACAUUGAUGAGGCGGUGACACUCUUUGAAGAUGGCUGCAAAGCCCAGCAGACGUGGAAGCAGUUUCACCACAUGUGCUACUGGGAGCUGAUGUGGUGCUUCACCUUUAAGCGUGCGUGGAAGAUGGCGUACUUCUACGCAGAUCUACUGAGCCAGGAGAGCCGUUGGUCCAAGGCCAUGUAUGUGUACAUGAAAGCUGCUUACCUCAGCAUGCUUCCUAAAGACGAGGCCAGGCCUUUUGGGGAGGACGAGGUGGAGCUCUUUAGACAAGUACCGAGCCUCAAGCAGAAGAUAGCAGGGAAGUCUCCUCCAACAGAGAAGUUUGCGAUCCGUAAAGCCAGACGCUACAAGGCUCCUCACCCAGUCAGGCUGCCAGCUCCAGUUCUGGAGAUGAUGUACAUGUGGAACGGUUUUAGUAUGAUCAGCAAACAGCCGGAGCUGACUGAGGGCAUGAUGCAGACUUUAGUGGAGGCAGAGCGCACUCUGCUGGAGUCUCCUGAAAAUGAAUAUGUAACAGAUGACCGCUGUUUGAUCCACAUGCUGAAGGGCCUGUGCUUCAAGAACCAAGGGAUACUUCAGGCCGCCGAGGAAUGCUUCAACAAAGUUUGUUCAAGUGAAAAGAAGAUUAAGUUUGACCACUAUCUGGUGCCCAACUCUCUGGUGGAGCUCAGUCUGCUUUAUAUUGACCAAGGCAGAAGAGACGAGGCCAUUAAAAUACUGCGGAAAGCCAAGCACAAAUAUAAAGACUACUCGAUGGAGUCUCGGACCCAGUUCAGGGUUCAUGCUGCUCUGGCCAAACUCAAGGCUGAUCCUGGUGAAGAUGAGACCCAUCAGUGACGAAGAGUUCCUUCCUCAGUGCCCACUCCCUUCUCACUGGACUAUGUUGGCUGAUUGUUUGGACAUGUUCAUCCUCUGCAUUUACAUCAAAUGAGACUUGUUACAGUUCAGUGACCUUUUUAAGAAACAUUUUUGUGUCAUUGUAACCACCGUUUCCUGACGAGGAAGAGUGACUACACAUCAUGUGUAUUUAUUGUUUUAUUGUUUAAAACUAAAUAAUACAUUUUCAUGGAUCACACUAAAUAGUUUCAAAUUGACCAUACAGUAAAACUUUUACUCUUAAUGGAGCUCUGAUUUGCACAUAAUCAUAAAAGCAACUUUUAUUUUGUUUAGAUUUGUGGAACUAAGAAAAAAAUGUUUACUGUUCAGUUUUAUCACCUUGGUUUAUUUAAACUCAACUUUUCUUUGUUUUAAUUAUAUUUGUUGAAAACUUGACUUUUUGACUAAAUUUGUUUAUUUUAGCUGAAAUGAGAAUUCUGUAAUUAUUUCAGACAAAAAGAUGGCAUAGAAAAGUGUACAUUUAUUUCAGAGAGGUCUAUUUAUGGAAACAUGUUGCCAGUUUACUAAGUAAGCCCAAUUAAAUGAAUAAAUCCUUCUUGCUGACUUGUUUACUUUGACCAGACUGGACUGGAUGAACAGAUGUAGUGUGUUGGGCUCUUUAAUCCAACCAGGUUAUCGAACAUAUUACAGUCUUCAAAAC